UAUGGCCGCCAUUUGUGUAUUGCGAAUAUUUGAGUGUGUGUAUCGCGAGUGUCUGGAGUGCUAAGGUGCUCGCAUAUUCACGGCUUUGGAGGUGUGCGUGCGUGAUCGUUCACCUAAAGGAUACAUACGAGCUACUGAACCGUCGGCGCGAGCUACCGACUCCUCCUUCUGUGUAACCCAGUGGAUGCUCCUCGUUAAACCGAACAUACAUCAGGAGCAGAUCCACUUGCGGAGAUAUUUUCGCGCAACCCGUGCGCGAGAUAUGCUCCCACCGUAGUUAGCGGCUCGUCAGAACUCAGGGUCCCCAUGAUGGUGUGGCUACCACUGAGCCGGCAAGCCCGCUGGAGCGUGGCAGCAGCAGCAGGCUGCUUGCUGCAAUGGCGGUGGCGGCUGAGGAGCUGUGCAGCAUGAGCCUGGCCUUGACGCAGCCCCGGUACCCGGGGGACUUUCAUCUGGCAAGUGUGGAGGGUGGUCCAGCGGCCAUGGGGGCGGAGGAGGAGGCCUCGUCGGUGGAGCCAGUGGCCUCGCCCCCUCCACCUGCCAGGAGCCGCAACUCGCACCACAACUGCUUUGGCUUGCCCUACCAGGAUCAUAACUAUGGUGCUCCACCGCCAGCGACACCCCCUCAAAGCCCACCCCCUCCACCGCUACCACCACCACCACCACAACCUUUGCCACCGUCGCCGCCAGUGCCACCGUCGUCCACUCAGACACGGUUCAACGGCACAUCGCCGGGCCUUCUGGUCGAGGUUGGCAGUCCUCCUCCACUUGUCAACGGAGUGGUGGCCUGCGACCGGAAAGAAGAGUGCAGUGCCCCCAGUGAAGAGAGUGUGACGCGCUGCAUCUGCGGCUUCAAUCAGGACGAUGAGUACAUGAUCUGCUGUGACCAGUGCCUGGUGUGGCAGCAUGUGGACUGCAUGGGCCUGGACCGCAGUCACAUUCCCGAGACGUACCUGUGCGAGCGCUGCUGCCCGCGUCGAGUGGACAAGCAGCGGGCCCGCUCUCUCCAAACGCGCAAGAAGCACCAAAUGGCCCGUUUGCUGAGCCGGCUUGAGUCUGCUCCCGAGGACAUGGAUGCAACCAAGAAUGUUGAGUCCAGCACUACUGUUAAAAGAGGCUCACGAGUGGUGCGACGCAAGCGACAGCGCUCGGAGUCCUCACCUGAAGCUCUUCCCCCUGCAGUGUACAAGAAGGCCAUGAAAGAGAAAAUUGAACACAAGAGGGUCAAGUUAAAAGGCAUGGUGAAGCGAUCAGGCCGUCGUCCGGCGCCCUCUGCAGAAGAGGAGGAGGCUGCAGUGGGGGACCCGUGGCGGGGGGGCAGUGGGGGCAGCAGUGAGGGACCCCCCAGCUACGAGCAGGCGUCCACCAACCAGUACAGCCCGGAGGUGCAGCUGCUGGCGUCUAGCCUGCAGACAAAAGGCGGUGUGACGAAAGAGGAGCUGCUGGCCCCGGACGGCUGGGAGGGGGCCUGGCAACUGGACGAGUGCGUCUCCCGAGGCCGUCAAGGGCGCCAUCGCCUGCUCACCACACGUGCUGUGCCUGCCGAGCAGCUGCUGCUCGAAGUGCGCGGGAAGUUCCUGUCGGCCAGUCAAUUCCGCCUGCAGAACCCAGUCUUCCAGAAGAGGCUCUACCCGUGUGUGCUCUUCUACAAGGGCUGGGCAGGCGACGAAGAUGGGGUUUGCGUGGAUGCUCGUAUUUACGGCAACGAGGCACGCUUUGUGCGCCGUUCGUGCCGUCCUACUGCACGGGUGGUGCACACCCUCCAGGGUGGGCUGCUGCAGCUCUACUUGGUGGCCGACCGAGACUUGGCGCCCGGGGAGGAGAUCACCAUUCCCUUUGACUUUGACUACCGGCACUGCAUCCAUCGUGUGACCUGUGCGUGUGGUCAGGACGACUGCAGGCUUCACCAGAGGAAGACUGGCUCUGCUACAUCGCUGAUGGAGCGCAAACGACGGGGCCGCCGCAGUUUCAGCAGCCAGGUAGAGACUGAUGUAAAAGAGGAGGUCACUGCUGUCGUCGAAGAGGAUGUGACCAGCAGUGUGCCUUCUUUGGAUGACCGGCCACCACCACCACCGGUCACAGAUGCCUCUUCCAAUGAGCACCAGGAAGGCCUCUGUGGGGAGGACUCAAAAGAGGCCUGGAAAUGCAAUGUGCAGGAAGGAAGCCCACCACUGGCAUCCCCCGACUCCGCUGGUCAUGGGGUCAGUGCGGCGGGUGACGACGUAGAUGGGGAGCUGCCCGACUCUGGUCACAGUAAUCGCAGACGCAAAAUGACUCGGGAAGAGCGCAAGAUCGAUGCCAUCAUGCGUGCAUUUGAGAAAAUGGAGCGCACUGAGAAGCGUCGCCAGCUGGCCCUGGAGCGGUUGCAACAUCGGGGAGGGAGACCGUCCAUUGAUGAAGGCCGGCCAGAGGUUGACGAGCGCUCCAUUGAAGAAACUCCAGCCCUUGAGGCGGACCCUGCCAAUCUGCCGCCGGAGGACACAGAGCGCUCACGCUCUCUCCGAGUGGUCAGUCGCAAGAGCAGCAGCAGUGGCGGCAAACGAAGAAGGAGCACGCAGUCUCGGCGCACUCGCACGCGCAGCAACAGCGGGGGUCCGGAGCUGCUGCUAGCGGCUGCGGCCACUGUGGGGGGUCUCGAGUGCCCCGAGGGUGUGUCUUUUCCCCCGCCGGCCUCUUCCCCCGAGGAGGAGGAGCCCCCGUCACCACCACCUACGGACCUGUCGCCCCAGCCAGGCUCCUCCCCGCAGGGACAGCCGCCUCCCCUGCCCAAGUCCAAGAGGUUUCUGAUGCAGGGUUGGCUGCAUGAGAAGCGACAUGAAGGAGCCGGGCCGUCCUCAGGUGAUUGCCCUCCGGUGUAUGUGCGCUGUACCAGGGACACCCGCAGUGCCGGCAUCUCCGGCUGCCCAUUUGCGCAGGCACAGUGGCUCGGCAGGCAGCGCCUGCAACGCUGCUGGCUCAGCGAAAAAGCGCUGGUUGCGGCAAGCCAUGUUUGAGACGAGUGAAGAUGUUCCGGACGAGGGGGAAGGAGCUGAACUGCCCGUCAGCCCUAUGCUUGAGGACAGCAUCUCACCUCCACCAGCCGACCUGGUGACGCCCCUUAAGAAGAGACGGCUGAUGCGCAACUCUCUUGAUUCCGUGGGCGGGCUAUCACCAGCCACGGGGGAAGCGGCAGCCACCCUGCUUUCCUUCCAGACCCCACUGUUGCUGCACCAUCACUACCAGCCUGAGGAGGAGGAAGAGCCGCAGCUGUUGCAGCAGCAAGAGGAGGUCCCAGAGAGCAGCCAGCCAGUGUUUCAG